AUGGACAGUAAAGCUGAUGAGACAGAGAAUGACGUCGACAUGACGAAUCCCAAUGCGUCACAGGAUACAGAAGAUGAGGAUGAGAGUAAGACACUUGUAGUGCGAAAUGGCGAUGUGACGACGGAUGAUGAACCGCAGGAAAGCACCGCCGAUGAGGAUGAAGAAGAAGACGAGGACGAGGAUGACGACGAAGAAGACGAAGUAGACAGCGACGAGGACAAGGUGAAGCUCUCAGACAGCGCAUCAAUGCUUCGUAUGAUGCAAAAUCUAUCAGCAGAUGAGGCGAGACGACAUGAGCAUUUUCGUCGCUCUCAUUUUGAGCGUGGAGCUAUGAAACGGUGUAUGGCUCAAGCAAUUCAAGAGUGCACAGCUACAGAUAAGAAAGUAACGAGUGUGACAAAUGUCAUGGCGAUUGUUAUGGCUGGUAUGACGAAGAUUUUUGUUGGUGAGAUCACGGCAGAAGCACGACGAAUUAUGGAGAAGAAUGGUGAGACAGGGCCACUGCGUCCACGUCAUCUCCGUGAAGCGCAUCGUAAGUACUACAAGCGUCGACCAUUGGCAAGAGGCCGCAAUAUGCGGCGUCUGCUUCGGUAA